UUUUAUCUUUAUUUUACUGAAACCCGAUUUUCUUACUAAAUCAAACACUAGAUAUCGGCAUACCCUAUGUCAGCUCCAAAGUUCACACCCGUUGGUCCACAGUCAUAUGACUCUACUUACGAGAGAGAUCCGAGGCAUGUUGAAGUUGACAGUUACAUUAACUUACACCUUUUGAGUGAUGCUAAGAACUCAUAUAACUCGGCAAUGGAUAAAAUAUAUCGUGAUUCCAUUGCUGCUGGCCUCCCGGACAUUGCCUGUUCCCCAGCACAAGCCAAGUUUCUCAUGCUGCAAAUCCAGAUUUGCAAUGCCACCAACAUUCUCGAAGUCGGUACACUAGGUGGUUACAGCGCCGCGUGGAUGGCGUUAGCUGGACCAUCCGUCAAGGUAACGACAAUCGAGAUAAACAAAGAGUACGCUGCUGUGGCAUCCGACAAUCUUGUCGAAGCGGGCUUGAAGGACCAAGUUGAGAUCCUGCAAGGCGCUGGCCUCGAUAUUCUUCCACAGUUGGCAUCACAAGUUGAGUCUGGAGCACGGCCGCCAUUCGACUUCGUCUUCAUUGACGCUAAUAAGCAAGACAACCUCGAAUACUUCAACCUGGCAGUCUCCAUGACAAAGCCUCAUACAGCUAUUAUUGUAGACAAUGUUGUUCGGAACGGCAAAGUUGCUUCUGCCUACGAAGCCGAGAAGGACGAUCGCGUCUUGGGCGCUCGACAACUAAUAGAAGGGAUUGGAAAGGAUGAUCGGGUCGACGCAACAGUAAUUCAAACAGUUGGUGAGAAGAACUACGAUGGGUUUCUGCUUGCUAUUAGAAGAUAAGGCAAAGAAAAGGGCAGCAUGGCUAGAUCCUUAACAACAAUGGGUUAGGUCGAGAGAUUGCAAGUUGAUUUAGGCAAUAGUAUUUAUUUGGUAAAUAAAAUAACAAAUGAAAUAAUUAAACUAUUAC